AUGCUAUCUGUAUCUCCCUCGCUAGUAGGGGUUCUGAACUGUGGAACGGACACCAGACUAAAUCGUGUGAUCAAACUCCUCAUAAGCAGCGAGCCGUCGUCUUCGGUAACCUCCAUUGAUGGAAAAGUUUCUCUUCUUGUCGGACCUGAAUUGUUCCCCGAGUUGGACCGCAGACGUGUGGUGAUUAUAGACCCGGCAUUCAAGCGGCUGCUUAUGGCAUUUAAAAGUGAGGUAGAACGGCUGCGGUUAUUGCGCAAACGGACAGGUGAAGAGCUGACGCUUGAACCACUUUCUUGCUUGAUUUCGUCAGGGAAUUUGAAUUGGGUAAGCAUAUCUUUUUCCACGAGCUUGAUAAUAGAGGUGGACAAAAUCUCAGCUUCCAUUUUGCAAUUGCAACUCAUCGCCAGUGACAUUCAGGAGGAAGAACAAGGCUGCCUCGAAAAUUCGUCAAGUAAUACAUAA